AUGGCAUCAUCUUCUUCUUCUGCGAGUAAUUCACAGGACUGUACUCGAUGGAAGUACAAUGUCUUUCUAAGUUUUAGAGGCAAAGAUACCCGGAGAAAUUUUACGAGUCACUUGUACGAAGGUUUGGACAAUAGGGGAAUAUUCACCUUUCUAGACAAUAAAAGGCUAGAGAAUGGCGAUUCCAUUCCACAAGAGCUCUUGAAAGCUAUCGAAGAGUCUCAAGUUGCACUCAUCAUUUUCUCAAAGAAUUAUGCUACAUCCAGGUGGUGCUUGAAUGAACUAGUGAAGAUCAUGGAAUGCAAGGAGAAGGAAAAUGGAGAAACAGUCAUACCGAUCUUCUAUGAUGUGGAUCCAUCACAUGUUCGAAACCAAAAUGAGAGCUUUGCAGUAGCAUUUGCCGAACAUGAAUUAAAGUAUAAGGAUGAUGUUGAGGGGAUGCAGAAGGUGCAAGGAUGGAGGAAUGCCCUAAGUGCUGCCGCAGAUCUAAAAGGAUAUGAUAUCCGUGACGGGAUCGAAUCAGAGAAUAUUCACAAGAUCGUCGAUCACAUCUCUUCCAAAUUAUGCAAGACUUCUUAUUAUUUAUCUUCUUUGCAAGAUGUUGUGGGAAUAAAUGCUCAUUUAGAGAAACUAAAAUCCCUACUUCAGAUAGAAAUAAAUGAUGUUCGGAUUGUAGGGAUUUGGGGAAUAGGUGGAGUUGGUAAAACGACAAUAGCAAAAGCCAUCUUUGAUACUAUAUCUUAUCAAUUUAAAUCUUCUUGUUUUCUUGCGGAUGUUAAAGAAAAUGCAAAUUAUAAUCAAUUGCAUUCUUUACAAAAUACCCUUCUCUCUGAACUAUUAAGAAAAAAAGAUGAUUAUGUCUAUAAUAAGUAUGAUGGAAAGUGCAUGAUUCAAAGUAGGCUUUCUUCUAAGAAGGUGCUAAUUGUGCUUGAUGACAUAGAUCAUGUUGAUCAUUUGGAGUAUUUAGCAGGUGAUGUUGGUUGGUUUGGUAAUGGCAGCAGAGUUGUUGUAACAACUAGAAAUAAACAUUUGAUAGAGAAGGAUGAUGCAAUAUAUGAAGUAGCUACACUACCUGAUCAUGAAGCUAUGCAAUUGUUCAAUCGACAUGCUUUCAGAAAAGAAAUUCCAAAUGAACGCUUUAUGAAGUUCUCAUUGGAGGUAGUAAAUCAUGCUAAAGGCCUUCCUUUAGCCCUCAAGGUGUGGGGUUCUUUGUUGCAUAAUAAAGGCCUAACUCAGUGGACAAGCACUGUAGACCAAAUAAAGAAAAAUUCUAGUUUAGAAAUUGUUAAAAAGCUCAAAGUAAGUUAUGAUGGGUUAGAGCUUGAAGAGCAAACAAUAUUUUUAGAUAUAGCAUGUCUUUUACGAGGAAAAGAAAAAAAACUAGUCAUGCAAAUCCUUGAGAGCUGUGAUUUUGGAGCAGAACACACAUUGGAUGUCCUAAUUGAUAAAUCUCUUGUGUUCAUCUCAAAAAAUGAUAAGAUUGAAAUGCAUGACUUAAUUCAAGAUAUGGGUAGAUAUGUGGUAAAAAUGCAAAAAAAAUCGGGAGAACAGAGUAGACUCUGGAAUGUUGAAGAUUUUGAAGAAGUGAUGGUCAACAAUAUAGGGACCAACGCAAUUGAAGCAAUUUGGAUAUAUGGUGUUCAAAAACUAUGCUUUAGUGAAAAAGUCAUGAAAAAGCUUAGAUUAUUAUCCAUCAUCAGCUUUCAUACACAUGAUGACUCCAUUGAGUAUCUGCCCAACAACUUGCGCUGGUUUGUUUGUCAUGAUUAUCCUUGGGAGUCAUUAUUAGAAAAUUUUGAACCUAAAAAGCUUGUUUAUCUUGAUCUCCAGCACAGUUUGCUGCUUCAAUUAUGGACUGGAACAAAGCAUUUGCCGUCUCUGCGAAAGAUAAAUCUUAACCACUCCAAAAGGCUGUUGCGAACACCAGAUUUCACGGGGAUGCCGAAUUUGGAAUAUUUGAACUUGUGUAACUGUAGUAAUCUUGAAGAGGUUCACCGUUCCUUGGGAUGUUCCAGAAAACUCAUUUGGUUAAAGUUGUAUAAUUGUGAAUGUCUUAAAAGGUUUCCAUGCGUUAAUGUGGAAUCUCUUAGAUCUCUGGAUCUACGAUAUUGCUCUAAUUUAGAAAAAUUUCCAGGAAUCCUCGGAAGAAUGAAGCCAGAGUUAGAGAUCAAGAUGAGACGCUCUGGGGUAAGGGAAAUACCAUCAUCUUUUAUUCAGCAACACGCAUGUCGUCUUACAGAGCUAGAUUUGAGUUUUAUGAAAAACCUUGUAGCUCUACCAAGCAACAUUUGUCAGUUGAAAGGUUUGGUGAAGCUAAUUGUAUCCUGCUGCUCAAAACUUGAAAGCUUGCCAGAAGAGAUAGGUGAUUUAGAAAACUUGGUGACACUUAAUGCCGAAUGCACUCUUAUUUCACGAGCCCCGCCUUCCAUCAUCCGGUUGAACCAGCUUAAAUACUUGAGUUUUGCAUAUCAAGAAUCAAAAUUUGGAGUGUCCUUUGUGUUCCCUGAGGUGAAUGAAGGGUUACGCUCAUUGGAAUCUCUGAAUCUCAGUGACUGCAAUUUAUUAGAUGGAGGACUUCCAGAAGACAUUGGAUGCUUAUCCUCGUUGAAAACAAUGUAUCUCAAUAGAAAUAAAUUUGAGCAUUUGCCUCGAAGCAUUGCCAAACUUGCCCAGCUUGGUGCUCUUCGAUCCUUGGACUUAUCAGAUAGCAAGAGGCUUACACAGCUGCCAGAAUUUCCACAACAAUUAGAUACAAUAGGUGCAGAUUGGACUAAUGAUUCGAUCUGUAAUUCGUUGUUUCAGAAUAUGUCAUCAUGGCAGCAUGACAUCUCUGCUUCAGAUUCCUUGUCACUAAGAGUGUUCACCACUAGAGGGAAUAUCCCAAGAUGGUUCCACCAUCGGGAAAAUGGUAGAAGUAUAUCAGUCAAAUUGCCUGAAAAUUGGUAUAUAAGUGAUGACUUCUUGGGAUUUGCUGUAUGUUACUCUGGCAAAUUAAUUAACGCCGAAGCUCACUUGAUUUGUUAUGAUGAGAGGCCAGUGACGUGUAUCACCCAGAAACUUUCCUUAUCCAACCAUUCAAAAUGUCCUGCAGAAUCUGCUAUUCAUUUUUUCUUGGUACCUCUUGCUGGCUUAUGGAAUACAUCUAAGGCAAAUGGAAAAACACCAAAUGACUAUUGGCGCAUUAAGUUAUUUCCCUCUGGAGAAAUGAAGCAGUUUGGACUUCGUUUAUUGUAUAAAGAUGAACCUAAGAUUGAGGUCGGUUUCUCCUCUUCUAAGAAACAAUGA